AUGUCGCAGCCAGAACCUGCCACAACCGCGAAAGAUGUUCCAGGCAGCGAAUUCACUGCUAUAAUGCCAACACCAGCAGUGGGCGAGUCGGACGAAAAUACAAUGGAGGAACCUUCAGCGGAACACACCACUGAGACUACACACGAGGGGAGCGGAAUGAAAGAGGUGACUAGUUCAGAAGUAUGCGACGGCCCCUCCGAGGAGUGGCAGCACAGGCCGCGCGACACUUCUUGGUUCCACGAGAUCACGACCACCACUGUGUUCCUGACCACCACGGUUUACACCACAGUUAUCCCUUCCCCGUUCACGCCUUCCACGAUCCUACCCACCAUGGCCUCCUCUGAACACAUCAAUCCUACGAAGCUCUACGAAGGAUCUGCUUCGCAAGGAGUGAGCUCGAGCAUUGACCCGCAGAAGGGCGAAGGGAAGGACCUGGGCGAGGACGGGCAAGGGGGCGCCACGAAGAACGGCUCCGAUGUGCACGAACGGCCUCAGAGCGACUAUCCGCAAUCAGGGCACAGUGGGAACCAGAUCCCAGGCUCGUCAAGCAGUAAAGACCAGAGCCAUGACAAGGGAGGCAAGACGAACUACAUCACGGUCACGAAGACCAUCACGUCCCCGCCGACGCUCUUCUCCACGAGGCCUUCGACGACCAGUCCGCCGUCACCUCCCGACGAGUCGAGCUAUGACACGACUGAUCUCGUUCGGCCCUCUAUCGAGUAUCCCGGGCCCUCUGCCACCCUCACCGUGCCUUCGGCGACGCCGUCGUUGUCUCAGACAGUCACUCCCUCUCUAACUGUUAACACUAGACCACCAGCGGGCGAGACCUUCUACACCCAACCGUCCUCAAUUGUGACUUUCGACGACUCAUCUCCUACGGCGACGCUGGAAGGAGGCAGCGGAGGGGGCUGGACGGACUGGGGUGAACUCACCCCCGAGAUGUCGCAGCCAGAACCUGCCACAACCGCGAAAGAUGUUCCAGGCAGCGAAUUCACUGCUAUAAUGCCAACACCAGCAGUGGGCGAGUCGGACGAAAAUACAAUGGAGGAACCUUCAGCGGAACACACCACUGAGACUACACACGAGGGGAGCGGAAUGAAAGAGGUGACUAGUUCAGAGAACGCUGCAAUUCCCACCGACGGGACGACAAUCAGCGAAGAGACCGAAACAACAACGAAAGACGACCGAAACCCCACGGAAAUAACGAGUCCUGUCGACGAAACACUGUCAGGAGGGAUAAUUGUAGACGACACAGUAACCGUAGAGACACAUGGGGUUACUGGAGGACCACUAGAAAUAACUACACAGCCAAACGAGGCUGAAGAAGAAAUUUCAGGCGGCGAUGCCUAUGAGCCUACAGCCGCUCUCCCUUCUGCAGUUCCCACUCAGACAGCCACGCUCCGCCCACUGGUCGAAGACGCCGAAAUCACCCACGACCUCACAACACCAGCGAAUGAGGGCACUGACCCUGAUACCGAAGACGGAAACGAUAACAUCUUGACCACGCCGUCCAGUACAGAAAACACUUCAGCGAGCGCCCCCUGGUAUCCUGUCACAACAGGUAGCGUCGAGGCAGUCGAUCCUUCGCCAGUCGAACUCGACGAGAGAGCUUAA